CACCUCUCAGGCACCGCAGAGACGCGGAGACGCACCCAGCCGCCGGCCCCGUCCGCUCCUCCCGCUCCGCGAUUCUCCCCCCAUCAGCUCCGCUCCGCUCCGAGCCGCCGGUCGCCAUGGCGAACACCGUAUCAGCCUACAAGGAGAAGAUGAAGGAGAUGUCUGUGCUGUCUCUGAUCUGCUCCUGCUUCACAGCGCAGCCCCAUCCCAACAGCACCUACCAGUACGGAGGUGUAAGGGAGGGUGCCAUCUCUAUUUUUGUCUCACCCCUCCCCACCCCCACGACUUCGUCCUCCUCAACAGACAUGGAAGUGAAGCCCAUUAACAAGCGCCUCUCGGGACAGUCCUUCGAGGUGAUCCUCAAAGCCCCCGCCGACCUGUCCCCCGAUCGCCCCCUGCCGCUGACCUCGCCCCCCAAGAAGAAGGACAUGUCCCUGUACGAGCUCCAGAAGAGGCUGGAGGCUGCGGAGGACCGCAGGAGGUUCCAGGAGGCCCAGAUCUUGAAGCAGCUGUCUGAGAAGAGGGAGCACGAGAGGGAGGUGCUGCACAAGGCACUGGAAGAGAACAACAACUUCAGCAAGAUGGCAGAAGAGAAGCUUAACUACAAGAUGGAGACCAGCAAGGAGAACCGCGAGGCCCACCUUAACGCUCUCAAGCAGCGGCUGCGCGAUAAGGAGAGACAUGCCGCUGAAGUCCGCAGGAAUAAGGAGCUGCAAGCAGAUCUUUCCGGCUGAAGACAUUUUCUACAAUUUUCCCAGAGAGAUACCUGUGUCUGAAGAGUUUUGGCUAAAAAAGAAAAAAAAAUGUAACUUUUUUUAAACUUUCCGUAUCCAAGGUCAUACAUAUGUCAUUCUGCAUCCACUAGGCUCAUUUGUCAUGCUGUAGAGUUUUCCAGGUAGAUUAUCGCACCAACUGUCAUUCGCCAUUCACUAUACUGAUCUGAACUCUCUUAAGGUUCUCUGUACUCUGAUAAUGUCAGAAUUUUUCAACCUUAGGUUUCCAUUGCUUUGCUUACUGGAUCUUAAAACACAACACAAUGCUUCAAAUGUAUAAACUAUUACUCCUACGUUAAUCAAACCGUGUGGUGGACCGUAUAUUGAUAUGCAAGUGUACACUUGUCAGUACUGUUUUUAUGGGAAAGACAUGCUUUAGGGCUUUUUCAAAGCGUUUCAUCAAAAGAAAAUUGCCAGAACGUUAUUGUCAGGCUAAGAUCAAUUGUGAUUAGUGGCCAAAUCUUUAAGCCAAAACAUGAAGGCAAGAUUUAGAAUGAAGAAGUAUUCACAGAAGUUCUUAUUCGCCACUUAUUGUAGACUGAAGCACAACCACACAGACGAUAACUAUUCCAUUUACACAAGCUUUCAAGUUCCAUUGUUAAGCCAUGCCAUUUAAUAUAACCGUAGCUGUCUGUUCCAAUAAUUAACUGAUCGUAUGUAUUCGUGCGCGUGGGCCAGUUUUUAUUUGUCUUAUUACUGCAGUAAAGGUAGUAUAACGUAGGAGCAAAAAAAAAAAAAAAAAACCUGCAAGAUGUGAAUCUGUACAAGAGUGUUUGCUUGAAGUUGAACAAUGACUCGAAGCUCGUUAACGUGACCCCUGUAAAUACCUUUUAAUAAAUGUAUGGAUUACUGUUUGAAA